AUGCCUUAUCCCCUCCAACAGCAAUGGCUAUUUCCACCUUUUCUUCAGGCUUCCGGAUUAGCCUGCAUCAACAAAACCCCCAAAAAACUCAACUUCAAUCCUUCAAAAACCUCUCCAAUUCUUCUCUUUCUCUUUCCUCUCUCUUCAUCUUCCUCAAGAAUCUUGAUCCUCAAUUCCUCCAGCAGCAAUUUUCCACCACCCAUCUUAGAAGAUAACUCCGCUGAUUCCCCCCUGCUUGAACUGGACCUGCAACUCCAGGAUUCUCAAAAUUCUUCUGUACCCGAUUCGGACGAUCUUAACCUCUUGAUCCGCAAUCUGUUAAAGGAUUCAAAAACUGAAGAAAGGGGUUUUGAAUGUUAUCAGAAAGCUACGAGAAAUCCCGACUUUGUACCCCAAAGGUCAACUUUGCAUCAUCUCAUCAGGUACUCAAUGCGUUUGAACAACUGGAAUUUGGUGUGGUCAAUUUCUGAAGAUUUUAGGAAAUUUAAUGUCUACCCAGAUGCUUCAAACUGUUCUAGAUUAGUCAGUAGUUGCAUUAGAAAUAGAAGAUUUAAACUUGCUAAUAAUUUGCUUCAAAUUCUGCAAUCCGAGAAAGAAGUUGCCGGCGUAAGCUUUAAUUCCGCCAUGAAAGCCUACAACAAGCUUCAUAUGUACAGUAGCGCUGUUAACGUCUUCGAAAUAAUGAAAUCUUCGAGUAUCAAAUUAGAUGCAGAAAGUUACAGCCAUGCAAUGGAAGCUUAUCUUAAAAUGGGCAAGAACGAAACUGUCGUGUCAUUGUUUAAAGAAUUCGAAUCCAGUGAAAUCGAACAGACAUCCUUUUGCACUCAAAUUUACAGAGUUUUAUGCGAAUCUUUAGGCCGAUUAGGAAAACCCUUUGAAGCUCUAGAUUUCUUCAGAGAAAUGACGAAAAAGGGUUUCCCACAGGACCCAUCUUUUUACUCCUCGUUAAUCUCUUCAUUUGUAAGCAUUCAAGAAGUGAAAACAGCAGAAGAGCUUUUACAGGAAGCCGAGGCCAAAAAGAUGUUAAGAGACCCUUCAGUGUUCUUAAAGCUUGUGUUAAUGUACAUUGAACAACCCGAUUCAAUGGAAAAAACUCUCGACAUUGUUUCGUCUAUGAAAAAAAUGAACCUUAGAGUUUCUGAUUGUAUCUUUUGUGCCAUUGUGAAUGGGUUCUCCAAGAAAAGAGGACCAAAUUCUGCCAUUAAAGUGUAUCAAGAUUUAGUCUCGGAGGGGCACGAACCAGGGCAAGUGACCUACGCUUCAAUCUUGAACAUAUACUGUCGCAUCGGUCUCUAUGAAAAAGCCGAAGGGGUAUUUUCGGAAAUGGACAAAAAAGGGUUCGAUAAAUGUGUGGUGGCGUACUCUAGCAUGAUUGCAAUGUACGGGAAAACCAACAGGAUUCGGGACGCGAUGAGACUUGUUGCUAAAAUGAAAGAAAAAGGGGUCGAGCCAAACGUGUGGAUUUACAAUUCUCUCCUUGAUAUGCAUGGGAAAGUGUUGAAUUUAAGGCAAGUAGAGAAGAUAUGGAAAGAGAUGAAAAGAAGGAAAGUUAUGCCGGAUAAAGUGAGUUAUACGAGUGUUAUAAGUGCGUAUAGUAAGGCGAGGGAGUUUGAGACAUGUAUCAAGUAUUACAAUGAGUAUAGGCUUAAUGGUGGUGGGAUUGAUAGGGCAAUGGGUGGGAUUAUGGUGGGGGUGUAUUCGAAGAUGAGCAGAGUGGAUGAAGUUGUGAAGCUUUUGCAGGAUAUGAAAAUGGAAGGUACAAAGUUAGAUGCAAGGCUUUAUCGAUCUUCAUUGCAUGCUUUACGGGAUGCAGGUGUGCAAAUUCAGGGGAAAUGGUUGGAAGAAAGCUUUGGUCCAUGA